AUGACAUCUCUCCCCAAGACAUACAGAGCAUUGCAAUGCCCAGGUCCCCACAAAGGCUACGAGAUCGUAACUCUGCCCCUACGUGAACCCGGUCCUAAUGAAAUCCUCGUCCGCGUACAUGCUUCCGGGUUGUGCUACUCCGACCACUUUAUCGAGGAGGGUAUGGCUCCCGGUGUGCAGUUUCCCCGUACACCUGGCCACGAAGUUGUUGGUCGUGUGGCCGCCAUAGGAUCCGCCAUCAAAGAGAAAGAUGGAGAUGACGGGCGCUUCAAGAUCGGAGCUCUAGUUGGCGCUGGGUGGAACGGAGGCUACUGCACUCGUUGUGAGUUCUGCAGGAAGGGUGAGUUCUGGACGUGCAAGGCUGGUGGUGUUACCGGGUUCACGUUCGACGGAGGCCACGCGGAAUAUAUGUACGCUCCUGAGACGGCUGUUCUGAGUCUUCCUGAAGAAGCCCUCGAGAAGUCGUCCUACGCCGAAUUGGCCCCUCUAUUUUGUGCCGGCACCACUGUCUUUGACGCCAUCAGGACGACAAAGUGGACGCCGGGAGACUUGUGUAUCGUUCAGGGUAUUGGAGGCCUUGGCCACCUUGCUGUCCAGUUUGCCUCGAAGAUGGGUCUCAAGGUCAUCGCUGUUUCCUCUGGAUCUUCCAAGCGCGACUUCGCCUUGUCCAUGGGCGCUGCCGAGUAUGUCGAUUCGAGCACCACAGACAUAGUCGAAUACGCCCAAGCCCGGGGCGGGGCGACAGUGAUAAUCUGCACCGCACCUAAAUCGGAACAUAUCAACAAAAUUAUUCCUGCCGCCGCGAAGAACGGCACCAUCACUCUCGUGGCCGCUUCUUUCGACGCACCUAUCCAGGUGAACAACAUGUUCUUCAACAUGAACCGUGUCACACUCAGGGGAUGGAGCUGUGGAUGCGCUCCCGACAUGGAGCAAUGUGCCAAGUUCUCAACGGCCAGCGGUGUCAAAUCCGUCGUGCAGGAGUAUUCGAUGGAGGAGUUCACCAGUGCGUACAAGGGCGUCCUCGAGAACAAAGCUCGGUUCCGUAAUGUGUUGGUCUUCCCUUGAGAGAGUUGUCCGUUAUGUCCAUGUAUAUUUACCCCUGUAUGAAAAGUUACGAG